AUCGAAAUCCAUGUUUGUAGCGAACCGUAACGUGAGUUUGCCUGGCGAUUGUUGGUAGUGUAGAUUGCUGUUCAAGUUAUUGGCGAUGGAUCCUCUUCUUUCUACCGUAACUUUGGAUGUAAAGAGAGGCAAACUCCGCGUCGAAAGUCCCCAAGAACGGAUUAAGCAGCUGCUGGAAGAUGCUGAAAUUCAAGAUAGAAUAUUUCAGUUUGAUCCCAUGCUGGAGGAAAUUGAAAACUCGACAAUAGCACGAGAAUAUUUAAUGUGGCAAGACCACUAUUUCUACUCUGAAGACCUUAUUGAGAAAUAUCGAGAUGAUACACUUCCAUACGAUCUUUGGGGAAGUGCGUGCUCGCUUAAUUCAAACUCAGACGCUGAUUCAGAAAGCAGCUCUGUAGCAGACGAACCAUUGUUAGCGAUCAGAUCGAGUUUUCUGGAGAGUCAAGCUUGCUCAUCAGAUUCAGACAGUGAGGAUAUCACAUGUAAACACUUCGGCAUGGCAAAUACAUCAAUCAGCCUCAAGAAGGUCGAAAGACCUAAGAAAAAUGAGAGCAAGGCUACUGUAAUAAAUAAUUCAUCACGGAAAGUGAUGCCAAGCUUGCCAGCCGGUAUACCACUGGUCAUUACUACAACUCUAGCUGAUUCCCAAGAUAAUAAAACUCGUGCUGAGCUGAAACCACUUGCUGAUGUGAAUGCACGCGGAAAUGGUCGUAAGAAAGCUUUAGCCAGAACUCACUCGUGUACCUACCCGGGUUGUGAUAAGUCUUACACAAAAAGUUCGCAUCUUAAGGCACAUUUACGAACACAUACUGGGGAAAAACCCUAUCAAUGCAAUUGGAAAGGUUGUAGUUGGCGUUUUGCUCGCUCGGAUGAACUCACAAGACAUUAUCGCAAGCAUACAGGCAUUAAACCGUUCCGAUGUCCUACUUGUAGCAGAAGUUUCUCUAGAUCUGAUCAUUUAUCACUACAUAUGAAGAGACAUUAUAAUUAAUAUCAUAAUUGGAUGUAAAAUGUCAUAACAACUAGGUAUAAUUAUUUGCAAUUUCACAAUCAUCUGUGUUAUACAUGAGGUGUCUAAUAAUCCGUGCACAUUGGGUGCUAAGAGUAUAUAUAUUGAAGAAUUGUAUAGUUUUAUUCCAAUUGAUAAGCUUAGACUAUAUAAAUAAUAAGGAAUAUUUUGUUUGUAAAAAUGCUGAAUAUAUUAUUAAUACAAAAGUUCGAAAUUUA